AUGGGAAUAAAAUUCCUUGAAGUUAUAAAGCCGUUCUGCAGUAUAUUACCGGAAAUAGCAAAACCCGAGAGAAAGAUCCAAUUUAGAGAAAAAGUAUUAUGGACAGCAAUAACACUAUUUAUUUUCUUAGUAUGUUGCCAGAUACCAUUGUUUGGUAUUAUGUCGUCGGACAGUGCGGAUCCUUUUUACUGGAUAAGAGUCAUCUUGGCCUCUAACAGAGGAACACUUAUGGAACUCGGAAUCUCACCCAUUGUCACAUCUGGACUUAUCAUGCAACUUCUAGCUGGAGCAAAAAUUAUUGAAGUUGGUGACACACCUAAGGAUCGAGCUUUAUUCAAUGGAGCUCAGAAAUUAUUCGGAAUGGUGAUCACAAUUGGUCAAGCAAUUGUCUAUGUGAUGACUGGAAUGUACGGAGAACCAAGUGAAAUCGGUGCUGGAGUAUGUCUACUUAUCAUCAUCCAACUCUUUGUAGCUGGUCUCAUUGUCUUGCUGUUGGAUGAACUGCUGCAAAAAGGAUACGGUCUCGGUUCUGGCAUUUCACUGUUCAUUGCUACAAACAUCUGCGAAACUAUUGUAUGGAAGGCGUUCUCACCAGCUACUGUUAACACUGGUCGCGGCACGGAAUUCGAGGGAGCUGUGAUAGCUUUGUUCCACUUGCUUGCAACUCGACCAGACAAAGUCAGAGCUCUCCGCGAGGCUUUCUACCGCCAGAACCUGCCCAACUUAAUGAACUUGCUCGCAACAGUCCUCGUUUUUGCUAUAGUCAUAUACUUCCAGGGCUUCCGCGUGGACCUACCAAUCAAGUCAGCCCGUUACCGUGGUCAAUACUCAUCUUACCCUAUCAAGCUCUUCUACACUUCAAACAUUCCCAUCAUCCUUCAAUCGGCGCUGGUCUCCAAUCUUUACGUCAUUUCACAGAUGUUAGCCGUAAAAUUCAGUGGCAACUUCCUAGUAAACCUACUUGGUGUAUGGGCUGAUGUUGGCGGCGGUGGCCCUGCCAGGGCCUAUCCUGUCGGGGGACUCUGCUACUAUUUCAGCCCCCCUGAAUCCCUCUCACACAUCGCACAAGACCCAGUACACGCGGUCCUCUACAUCUUCUUCAUGUUGGGUUCCUGUGCAUUCUUCUCCAAGACAUGGAUCGAUGUGUCCGGUUCAUCAGCUAAGGAUGUCGCCAAGCAACUGAAGGAGCAACAGAUGGUGAUGCGAGGUCACCGUGACAACUCAAUGAUUCACGAGCUCAACAGAUACAUCCCAACCGCCGCGGCUUUCGGAGGUCUCUGCAUCGGUGCGCUAUCAGUGCUCGCUGAUUUCCUCGGCGCCAUUGGCUCCGGAACCGGUAUUCUUUUAGCCGUGACCAUCAUCUAUCAGUACUUCGAGAUCUUCGUCAAAGAACAGGCGGAGAUGGGCGGCAUGAGCACGCUGCUCUUCUAA